AUGUCUGGCCGAGGCAAACAAGGAGGUAAGGCUCGUGCUAAGGCUAAGUCGCGCUCCUCCCGCGCUGGCCUGCAGUUUCCGGUGGGCCGUGUUCAUCGCCUACUGCGGAAAGGCAACUAUGCCGAGCGGGUUGGAGCCGGCGCACCAGUCUAUAUGGCUGCAGUGCUCGAGUACCUAACGGCGGAAAUCCUGGAGCUGGCGGGCAAUGCUGCCCGCGACAACAAAAAGACUCGCAUCAUUCCCCGGCACCUGCAGCUAGCCAUUCGGAACGAUGAAGAGCUCAACAAGCUGUUGGGCAAAGUCACUAUUGCUCAGGGCGGCGUUUUGCCCAACAUCCAGGCAGUGUUGCUUCCAAAGAAGACUGAAAGCCACCACAAGGCAAAAGGCAAGUGA